AUGGAGUACACCGCGUCACCCAAACCCCAGCUCUCCUCCCGUGCGAAUGCCUUCUCCAUCGCAGCGCUCAUGUCAAGCGGAAACCCCAAAGAGAAAGAAAGUCCCGAGAACACUCUCAAGCCUCUGGAGAAAUUCGUGGAGAAAUCAUCUUGUCCUCAGCCUCUGAGUGAUUUGCCAAAUGUGGACACCCAAGGGGAUUUCAGCAGCAAUAGCAGCCCUUCCUCUCUCUGCACAGAACCACUAAUCCCCACCACCUCAGUUAUCCCUAGUGAGGAGAUGGCUAAGAUCUCCUGCAAUUUGGAAACCAAAGAGCUUUGGGACAAAUUCCAUGAACUAGGGACUGAGAUGAUAAUCACAAAAUCAGGAAGAAGAAUGUUUCCAACCAUUAGGGUUUCCUUUUCUGGUGUGGAUCCAGAAGCCAAGUUCAUUGUGCUCAUGGAUAUAGUUCCAGUGGACAAUAAGAGAUACAGAUAUGCCUACCAUAGAUCUUCCUGGCUGGUUGCUGGCAAAGCAGACCCCCCUCUGCCUGCAAGGCUAUAUGUGCAUCCAGAUUCUCCAUUUACUGGGGAACAAUUGCUGAAGCAGAUGAUAUCCUUUGAAAAAGUGAAACUCACAAACAAUGAGCUGGAUCAGCAUGGUCAUAUAAUUUUGAAUUCAAUGCACAAAUAUCAACCUAGAGUGCAUAUCAUCAAAAAGAAGGAUCACACAGCCUCCUUGCUUAAUUUGAAAUCUGAAGAAUUCAGGACAUUUAUAUUCCCAGAGACAGUGUUUACAGCUGUCACUGCCUACCAAAACCAACUGAUAACCAAGCUGAAAAUUGACAGCAACCCAUUUGCUAAAGGAUUCAGGGAUUCUUCCAGACUCACAGAUAUUGAGAGGUAA